CAGUUUGAACGUGUCGUUCAAAGAAAGAGAGAAGCGCGGGGAGAGUUACACACUCUAUACCGAACUUCUUCUCUCUCACUAAAAAAACCCACUGUCAGAAAAAUUAAUCAUUUCUCAAAUUCCCUAAUUCACAAAAAUAAUCAACAAAGAAGCAGAGAAAAUUCAAUCCAUGGGGAAUUUAUUGAACUUGUUCUAUAAAGAACCACCACCACCGAUGGUUCUGGUACCACCGCUAUUUGAUUUCCCUCCUCUUGCUGCCCGUAUCAGGAUGAUGGAGUCUUCAUAUGAUAUGCUAUUUGGAAAGCUUGCCUUAAAAUGCCUUUUUGAGGAUUAUUAUGAAGAAGCACGACAUUUUAGCACGAGAAUUAUGCUAAAGCCGAUGGAUGAUCCUAAUGUGGAUCUAAUUGCAACUGUAAAUGGUCCACUUAACCAUAAACCUGACGAGAAUAUUGUGGGAAAUGCAUCGUUUCGUUGGCAAAGGGAUGUGGAUGAUCCUAAUACGUUCAUGAACCUCUUUGUAUCAAAUUCUGAACCGGUUUUGCGCAUGAGAUCUUGUGUCUACUAUCCUGGAUCUGGAUUUGGUGCAUUUGGCACAUUUCCAUUGCUAACCAAUAAAAAAAGGGUAAACUCGGAAGAUUAUGGUGUCAUGGGCUUGAGAUAUGGCUCAGAAAAUUUGUCAGUUGGAGCCACUCUUUUACCUUUUGCUUAUAAGUCUCCACGAACCGCAUGGUUAGUGAGUAGGAUGGGAAGGUUAACUGCAGGAGUGCAGUAUAUACCAACUAUCGAGAAAGACGGUGCAGACUAUAAGGAUUUGAAGAACUGGAGUUGCGCGAUUGGCUAUGGGCUAGGAUCUAGUAGCCCAUUGAGUCCGUCAUUCAAUUUCUGUCUUGAACUUGCACGUAGCUCCCAGUUGAUUGCUUCAUUCUAUCAGCAUGUUGUGGUCCAAAGACGGGUGAAGAAUCCAUUUGAAGAAGAUGGGGUAGUUGGGAUUACGAACUAUAUUGAUUUUGGCUUUGAGUUACAGACAAGGGUUGAUAAGGCUGAAUCAGCAAAUACUGGCCAGGAUUCGACAUUUCAGAUAGCUGCAUCUUGGCAAGCCAAUAAGAACUUCUUAUUCAAGGGAAAAGUGGGUCCGUUAAGCUCAUCAAUAGCUCUAGCAUUCAAGUCAUGGUGGAAACCUUCCUUCACGUUCAGCCUUUCUGCUGUUAGAGAUCGUAGGACUGCCACCACAGGUUUUGGGUUUGGACUUCGUGUUGAGGAUCUCAGAGAAGCCAGGUACCAAAGGGCGGAUCCAAAUUAUGUGAUGUUGACACCAACAAAGGAACAUCUAGCAGAAGGCAUCCUUUGGAAAACUGGACAAAGGCCAAUGCUACAGUCUGAUGUAGAUUUCGGGAACUUUGAUGGCUUACCCAAGGAGUUGAGACCCAUCGAGAAAAUAUUGUAGAUUUACCUUCUUUUUUAAACACUCCCAGAGACUUCUAUGUAACAUUGUGGACAAAGUUGGCUUUUCGAGUUCGACUGCAGUUUUGCACAAGUGAUGAAGGAGCAUAAAUGAAGGAGCAUAAGUGAUGAAGGAGCAUAAAUGCUCUUUAAUAUUAUUUUGUUUGCUCAUUCCUGACCUUUUCCCCCUCCUCCUAAUAGGAUCUUAUCAAGAUAAAAAGCACCAGUAGUGCAAGAGGCGUUUUUCUUUUUUCUUUGCAAGAUAAGUGAAAUUUGUAUAGUAGACCAAUAACGAACUCUGCAACUUCAUCUUCACUAAACUUCUUUUCAAAAAACAAUGCUACGAAGUUACUCUGCGGACAAUUCUCUUUAAUGGCACUACCAUCUUCCCGCUUGAGCUUAGGGA